AUGUAUAUCCAGCGAUUGGUACUCGCUUUGGCGGUGGUACUGUUCUCAGUACUUGUGCUCGCCGCGGAGGAUUACUACAAUAUCCUGGGUUUGGACAAAUCCGCAUCUGAGAAGGAUAUUAAGCGCGCAUAUCGUACGCUCAGCAAGAAAUACCAUCCUGAUAAGAAUCCGUCAGUCUCGACCAUUUUGAAGUUCGGCACCGAGGGCCACGGGAUCUCGAUCUGCCUCGCCGAUGGCGACGACUCUGCGCGCGAAAAGUUCGGCGAGAUUGCUGAUGCCUACGAUGUCCUUUCCACCUCGUCCUUGCGCAAAAUAUACGAUCAGUACGGCCAUGACGGCGUGGAACAACAUCGACAAGGUGGUGCUGCGGGUGGACGCCAGAAUGACCCGUUCGAUCUCUUCUCGCGCUUCUUCGGCGGUGGAGGACACGCUGGUCAUGCACCUGGACACCGUCGCGGCCCGGAUAUGGAAGUGAAGGCUGCGCUCCCCCUGCGUGACUUUUACACUGGACGAGAGAUCAAUUUCCUGGUUGAGAAGCAGCAAAUCUGCGAUGACUGCGAGGGAACGGGCUCCAAGGACCGCAAAGUCGUACAUUGCGAUCAGUGCAAUGGGCGCGGUAUCGUCAUCAGGAAGCAUAUGCUGGCGCCGGGAAUGUUCCAACAGGUACAGAUGCCUUGUGACCAAUGUGGUGGGCAAGGCAAGAAGAUCAAGCAUCCCUGUCCUGUUUGUCAUGGGCAGAGGGUUCUGAAAAAGUCCGUGGAGACAACCGCUGAGAUUGAGCCCGGCAUGGAUAAAGGCACGAGGCUUGUAUUCGAGAACGAAGCCGACGAGAGUCCUGACUGGGUUGCGGGCGACUUGAUCGUCAUCCUCGAUGAGAAAGAGCCCGAGCUCGGGACGACCGACGAGGAACGCACAGAUGGCACAUUCUUCCGCCGCAAGGGCAAGGAUCUCUUCUGGAAGGAAACCCUUUCAUUACGAGAGGCCUGGAUGGGUGAUUGGACUCGCAACGUGACACAUCUCGACGGGCAUAUUGUUCGACUUGGACGCAAGCGCGGCGAGGUCGUUCAGCCUCUCGCCGUUGACACGAUCAAGGGUGAGGGCAUGCCCCAUUACUCCGACGCGCAUCUUCAUGACCAGCACGACGAGGACGACUCGCCGGGGAACCUAUACGUGGAGUACAUGGUCGUAUUCCCCGAUCAAAUGCAGAGCGGCAUGGAGAAGGACUUCCAUGCGCUAUGGGAGAAGUGGCGCAAGAAGAUUGGUGUCGACCUGGCCACUGACAGCGGCAGGCCUGUCCCUCCGCCGGCGGAGGAGGGCGACAAGGAUGAGCUCUAG